CAGAGCGAGAGACAGAGAGAGAGAGAGAGAGAGCAGGAGGAUCGCGGUCUCCGCGCGCUCGGCGCGACAAGAAUCACUGAGGAUCCAGCGAGUGCGCAGCGCAAAUAUCAACCAACUGGGAUUUUUAACAUUUUUAUCAUCAACGUUUUUCCUCCUCCUGCUUUUUUUUUCUUCAUUUUUAUGAAUUUGUGCAGGAUUUCAGCGGCUCACGGGUUCAGAUAAGAAGCAGCAGCAGAAGAUGGACGAGCAGCCGAGGCUGAUGCACUCUCACACCGGGGUGGGGAUGACAGGACACCCCGGUCUGCCGCAGCACAUGCAGGAAGGCACCGGAGCCGCGGACGGUGACGGCAGGAAACAGGACAUCGGAGACAUUUUACAGCAAAUCAUGACCAUCACUGACCAGAGUCUGGACGAAGCGCAGGCCAGGAAACACGCGCUGAACUGUCACAGAAUGAAACCUGCGCUUUUCAACGUGCUGUGUGAAAUCAAAGAGAAGACGGUGCUGAGUAUCCGCGGCGCACAGGAGGAGGAGCCUCCAGAUCCUCAGCUCAUGCGGUUGGACAACAUGCUGCUGGCAGAGGGCGUGUCCGGCCCGGAGAAAGGCGGGGGCUCUGCGGCGGCGGCGGCUGCGGCGGCAGCGUCGGGGGGAGUCGGCGCCGACAACUCUGCGGAACAUUCGGACUACAGAGCCAAACUUUCACAGAUCAGACAGAUUUAUCACACAGAGCUGGAGAAAUAUGAGCAGGCGUGUAACGAGUUCACCACUCACGUGAUGAACCUGUUGCGGGAGCAGUCGCGCACGCGGCCGAUCUCGCCGAAAGAGAUCGAGCGCAUGGUGAACAUCAUCCACCGCAAGUUCAGCUCCAUCCAGAUGCAGCUGAAACAGAGCACCUGCGAGGCCGUCAUGAUCCUGCGCUCACGCUUCCUCGAUGCCAGACGGAAAAGACGAAACUUCAACAAACAGGCGACAGAAAUCCUGAACGAGUAUUUCUACUCGCACCUCAGUAACCCUUACCCCAGCGAGGAGGCUAAAGAGGAGCUGGCAAAGAAGUGUGCCAUCACAGUGGCUCAGGUUUCCAACUGGUUUGGGAAUAAGAGAAUCAGAUACAAGAAAAACAUUGGUAAGUUCCAAGAAGAAGCCAACAUGUACGCUGCGAGAACUGCCGUCAAUGCGGCUAAUGCAUCCUCACAUGGAAGCCAGGCAAAUUCACCCUCCACUCCAAACUCUGCAGGUUCUGGUGGCUCUUUUAACAUGUCAAACUCUGGGGACUUGUUCAUGAGCGUUCAGUCUCUCAAUGGGGACUCGUACCAGGGGGCUCAGGUGGGAGCCAACGUUCAGUCACAGGUGGAUACCCUUCGCCACGUUAUCAGUCAGACAGGCGGAUACAGUGAAGCACUCACAGCCAACCAGAUGUACAGUCCGCAGGGCAUCAACGCUAAUGGCGGCUGGCAGGACGCUCCGACACCCUCAUCAGUGACUUCACCUACAGAAGGACCUGGCAGCGUUCACUCCGACACCUCCAACUGAUCCUCCACACUCCUCCAUACUCUGCUUCCUUCCUUUCUUUCCUUCCUUCAUCUCCUGAAACUUGACCCCUGACCCCACAGUGAAUGACACUCUGUAUGUAGUCACACUGCAGGACACAUUUGGGGACUGGGACGAUGUUUUCACCAUUACGGACAAAAAAAAAACAAAACAAUUCACUCUUCCUGUUUGGACCACUGCCGCACCGUUAGCAGCCUGUGUCAAGGGGGAUCCUGAUCCUGAUCCUAAUCCUAAUCCUGAUCCACACUCGCAGUUUGUACAGUUUCCACUUGAUGUCCUUGUUGCCUCAUUGUAUUUCUCUUACAUUAUAUAUUCACACAUUAACCACCGUUAGCUUCCUAAAAAAAACACCACAUCAUCUUCUCUCAUGAAGAAUCUGUCUUUAUUUUUUCUUUAUGUUUUUUUAUUUCAUUUGUCUAUAGUGCCAAAGCUUAAGCCUGGAGGUAGAUUUUGAUAAUCACAUGUUUUUUAACGCCUCAACCGAGACAUUUUUCACACCAUACUUUGCAAGUAUGUAAUAUUUGUCAGGUAAUAUCCGAGUAUUCGGCUCUAAUUCUCUAAUUAUAUUUCGCUGGUGCAGUAGAAGCUUCUCUGCUCGUCCGUGAAACAGAAAUUUUAUUGAACAGAAAGACACUUUUUUUACACGAGUGAUGAACAAAUCAAGCGCUCAAGCUGCAGAAACUGAAAAAUUGAUGCACAAUAAUUUGUAAAUGUCACAGAGAAAACAGAACAGAUAUAAUAACUAUGUAAUAGUCAUAUAUGGAAACAUGAGAGUGUGAGAUGGUGAGAGCCAAAAACUGCUGUGUAACCAAAUCUAACUAAAACAAAUCAAAACAUAGCUCUGAUUUUUGUCACAUGAUUGGAAUUUCACAAACUCUACGUCUGAUUUUAAAUAAAACACACAAACAUCAACUGAAACCAAGUUGUUUCUGUACAGAAUAUAUAUGUUCAAAUAUAUAUAGAAUAAUUAUCAUUUGCAUACUUGAUAGCAUAAAACGGAAGAAUUUGUAUCCUCAUACAUUGGAAUCAACAUUAUGUUUUUUUAUGAUUUCUCUUUCCUGUGAGCGACUCAU